AUGGAUGAGAUUGAUAACAAUGAAAGGCAAGGCGGCCAGGUUAGUGAUAUUAGUGAAGACGAAAAUGACAACAAUGAACGGCAAGACAGCCAGGUUAGUGAUAUUAGUGCGGAUAAUGACUUAGAAGAGAGGAGAGGUGCUGGCGCACAAGACGAAGAGGAUGAAAAUAUAUUUGUUCCGUUUACCCAAUACGUCAUAAGAGAUGACAUAAUUGAAGGCGAAUUGGCAUCUUCGCAAGAAAGGAAUGAAAAUGGAGAUUCGCCCAGACGGUCGAUAGAGAAGACGAUGACGUCCAUUUAG